UUCUUUGAAUAGCUUCUACUCUUCUUCUCCUUUUCUCUUACUUUUGUUUUAAUCUCAUUAUCUUUAUAACACGUUUCUUCACACUUCCUUGCUUUCCUCUUGCUUCUUCUUUCUUCUUUCUUCCUUUUGCCGUGGGUUUGACUUAAUAAAAUCAUUAUUUUCAUUUGGCAAGUCAAUCAUUUUGCCAUUUAUUUCAUUAAUUUUAUAACAAACCAUAAAUUUUCUCAUUUUAAUAGUUCAAUAAUCAAGUCAAAGAUUCCUUUGCUCAUAAUUUUUUUAUUUUCAUUCUCAUCUAAUUCAAGUGAAAUAAUAGUGGCUGGUGGAAGGUCUUUUCUAGAGUCUUGCAAGGAGUCUCUAUCAUCCUUCAAAUCUUAUAAUUUACCUGCAAAUUGUUGAGCCGUGUGGGCCCUACCAUUUUUAUUGCUCAGCAACCACACUUUUAUUCACGCCGCUGGUUUCUUAACACAACAAUUAAACAUUGUAUCCAUGAGCAUACACCUUAAGAAUUAAGAUGGCAUGAACAAGAAAAGGGUUGUGAGUCAUGGCAGAGUUUGCAGUAAGCUUUGCUUUACAACACUUGGGUAACUUGCUUGUCCAAGAAAUCAAAUUGUUGACAAAUGUAAAGACAGAAGUUGAAAGCAUCAAAAGAGAAUUGGAGUUCAUCAGAUCUUUCCUCAGGGAUGCAGAUGAAAGGGCAGCAGAGGAAGAAUCAGCAGAAAGAAAUGGAGGCGUCAUAAGUACUUGGGUAAAACAAGUGAGGGAAGAGGCUUAUCAUAUUGAAGAUGUCCUGGAUGAGUACAUGUUGAAGGAGGCAAAACUUCCUCGUGGCAGUGGUCUCAUUCGUUUCCUUAAAAAAUUGUGUUGCAUCAUAAACAAACUGAAAGUGUGCCAUGAGAUUGAAGAUAUCAAAUUAUCACUUGAUGAUAUAAGGAGAAAAGCAGACUCUUAUAACUUCAGGUCCAUAGAUCAAAGAUCAAGCAGUGGGACAGGAGAUAUUGUACCUCAUGACUCUCGUGUUGGCUCCUAUUUCAUCCCUGAGGAAGAAGUUGUGGGCAUCGAAUCUACUAGAGACAAAUUGAUUGGCUCGUUGGUGAGUGGGACAUCCCACCGCUCAGUGUUUGCAGUGGUGGGCGAAGGAGGACUAGGUAAGACCACUCUUGUCGGAAAAAUUUAUGACAAUGAUACUGUGAAAAAGCAUUUUGAUUGCCGGGCUCGCAUCACGGUUGGGAAAGAAUACAUGAAGAAUGAUCUUUUGAGGGCAAUUAUUCGUCAGUUUUACAGUGUGAAGAAGAAUGAUCUUUUGACUGCUCCGGUGGAAACACGGGAAAUGGAAGAGAGCCAUCUGAUCGAAACGCUGAACGAACAAUUAAAGGACAAGUGUUACUUGCUUGUGUUUGAUGACGUAUGGAAAACUCAAUUUUGGGGAGAUAUAGAGCAUGCUCUAAUUGAUAACAACAAAAGCAGCAGGAUAAUAAUCACGACGCGGAACAAGGAUGUUGCUUAUUCAGUUCCUUCUGUUAAUGUAUGCCCGCUUCAACCUUUGCCUUCAGAUAAGGCGUUUGAACUUUUUCGCAGAAAGGCUUUUGGCCCUCAAGGGUCUUGUCCCCCAGAGUUGGAGAAAUUGUCUCAUGACAUCCUUGGGAAAUGUGAAGGUUUACCAGUAGCAAUUGUUGCCGCGGGUGGUCUGCUCUCAAACAAGAACAAAGAUGCAUUAGAAUGGAAAAGGUUACGCGAUGGCUUGGGCACACAGUUAGGAAGAGAUUCCCAUUUUAAAGAUUGCAACAGAGUUUUAUUGGAAGGUUAUUACAGUCUACCUCAUCACCUCAAAUCUUCUCUCUUGUACUUUGGUUUGUUUCCUGAAAGCCACUCAAUUAAUUGUGCAAGGCUGAUUCGGCUGUGGAUUGCUGAGGGCUUUGUUCCGUACUCCAACAGCUCUACAUCUGAACAAGUAGCUGAAGAAUUCUUAAGCGAUCUCAUUAACAGAAGCUUGGUUCAAGUGGUAAAGAGAGAUUCGGUUGGAAGACCAAGAGUUUGCCGUGUGCAUGAUCUGAUGCACGAGAUUAUACUCAGAAAGACUGAUAAUUUGGGAUUCUCUACCCUUGUGAACGGGGAGGGCUCAAGUCGCUAUUGGAAAACUCGACGCAUUUCAAUAAAUGGAAGUACUGAUGGCGUUCUUGAGAGCAUCAAGAACUCGAAGAUUCGUUCUGUUUUUCUUUUCAAUAUAGAUAAAAUGCCAGAGUCUUUUCCAUCUGCACUUAUUGCUGGUUUUGAGCUUAUAAAAGUGUUAGAUUUUGAAGAUGGUCCACUAGAGUCUCUUCCUGAAGGAGUAGGAAACCUCUUCCAUUUGCACUACUUGAGUGUGAAAAAUACUAAAGUAAAAGUACUUCCCCAGUCCAUUGGUAAGCUUCUCAACUUAGAGACCUUAAAUUUGAAGUGUUCUCUUGUAAACGAGCUUCCAGCUGGGAUCAAGAAUCUUAAAAAAUUGCGUUAUCUACUGGCAUGCGGUGUCGACAGUUCUUAUAAUUAUAAAACGGUAAAAGUAGCCGAGGGGUUGGGCUCUUUACUAGAUCUGCAGAAGCUUGGUUAUGUCGAUGCCAACUUUGUAGUACUCAAAGAGCUUAGGAAGCUAAGCCAUCUGAGAAAGUUAGCAAUUAAGAUGCCAAAUGGAAAUGAAAAGGAUUUGUGUGCUUGCAUUGAGAAUAUGGAAAAACUUGAAAGCCUGGUAAUAUCUUCUACAAGUAGAGAAGAAAUUCUUGACAUAGAAUCCAUGGCUUCUCCUCCUAAAUGUCUUCAGCGCAUCUACUUAAAGGGAAACAUGAAGAAGCUGCCAAACUGGGUCUUUAAACUUAAAAAUAUUGUCAGAAUUGUUUUGAAUUUGUCAGGAUUAACUGAUGAUCCCAUGAGAGUCCUUCAAGCCGUGCCUAAUUUAUUGGAGCUUAGGCUGUGUGAGACAUACCAUGAGGAGCAAUUACAUAUCAAAGAAGGUUGGUUUCCAAAACUGAAAACUUUGUUCCUCGUUGACUUUAAAAGAGUAGAAUCCAUGAUGAUAGACAAUGGUGCAAUGCCUAACCUUGAAAGCUUAAUGAUUAAACGAUGCCCACAAUUGAAAGAGAUUCCAGUUGGAAUUGAGCAUCUGAGAAACCUUGAGCUUCUUGAGUUUCAUUUCAUGUUGAGAAACAUUUACCGUAUGAUAAAAGACGAGAAGUGGGAGAAAGUUACCCAGCAUAUAUUGGAAGUCUAUGCCACUUUCAUGUUUGCAGGACAUGUCGAUAAAGUCACUACAAAGUAUCUUUCGUCUCUCUCGACUGCGCAUUUUGAAGCAAUAGAGCAGUGUAACUAGUCUCAAGUCAUCCCAAUUGUGAAGAAAAGAUUUAGUAUCUUGAAGACUAAGGAUAAGACUGCUAUGGCUUCUUCCUGUUUCAAGUUUACCGGUGUGUAAUAUCUACUGUAUGCUUUUUUAUUGCUGCUGCUGCCAUUGUACUGUCAAUCAACUGCCGAGUUCUAUUAAUUUUUAUUGAUCACAUGAUCAUAAGCUCCUA